AUGAAGUCCUUCACUACCCUCAUCAGCGCUACCCUCCUCGCGGGCUAUGCCGCAGCACAAGCCAUCAUCCAGACACCUACCUCGGCCAUUUUUGGUCAACCGGUCCUGUUGACGUUCAGCGGCGGCUCGGCGCCAUACUACAUCAGCGUCAUCCCCGGCGGUCAGCCAUCGGCAGCGGCCCUCGAGUCCUUCCCUACCCAGACCGCCGCCGGCACAUACACAUGGACCGUCGAUCUCCCUGUCGGAACGAGCUGCUCUCUCGAGAUCCGUGACUCCACCGGAGCUAUCAACUACUCGCAGAAGUUCACCAUCCUCGCCGCGUCCGGCAGCUCAGGCUCCUCUUCCACCGGCGCUGCCAGCUCGUCCGCCGCUGCAGGUGCCGCCGCCGGAACGGCUUCUUCACGCAGGAGCAGCACGCGUACUGCCGCUUCUGCAACGAGCGCGGCAGUCUCGACCAGCGCUUCCGCCGUCACCUCUGCUUCAUCGGCCGCCACCACCGCCGCUGCAGCUACGACUGCAAGCGCAGCCUCUGCCGCUUCGUCGCCCAGUGCAUCGAGCACCGGCGCAGCAUCAUCGCUCAAGUUGGCCACUUCCGCUUUCGGACUCGUCGCUCUGAGCGCGCUUGCAUUCGUCUUCUAA